UGGCGGCGUGUAGACACGUGUAUCAUCAUAGAUACAUUAAAGUAUCAAUGGUAUUAUUCUGUUCGUUAUUAUGUCUAGGCUGAGUCAAGAACAACUUGAAAGGAUAAGAGAAAACAAGAGGAAGGCCCAGGAGAGACUAGCCAGAAAGAGACCGCUACCUCAAGCCUCCUCUACUGAUCUUCCUCCCCUUAAACAACCCCCCAUCAAACCAUCAUUCUACUCCUCUGCUCCUCCUAGACCUCCCGUUAAGAAGCCUCCAGUGGGACCACAAGACAAAGUGUUAUUUAAGAAAAGGAUAACAGCUUCGUUUAUAUUGAAAGACGCAUCACAUUUCAAAGUGUUAGUUCCGUAUGAGCCCACACUCAUUGACUUGUUUAAAACGAUUAAGUCACGAUCUUAUGAUGCCAGUACACAAGUAUGGAGUUUUGCAUUACAAGACUAUCAGAAAUUAAUUAAGGAGAUGAGAGAAAGAGUCCCUCAUGUCCAGUUUGACUUGAUUCCCAAACCAGUUCUUGAUGCUUUCCAUGGCAAUAAGGGUGGGGCUAAGAAAACCACACCUAUUAAUUAUAAGGACAGAAUCGGCAGCCAUAUUUACUCAACUUUAAUGGACUUUCAGAAAGAAGGAAUAGAGUACAUCAUCCAGAGACAGGGAAGGUGUCUAUUAGCAGAUGACAUGGGAUUGGGUAAGACUAUACAGGCAAUAGCAGUAGCAUCAUACUAUCGAUCUGACUGGCCACUACUGGUUGUCUGUCCAUCAUCUCUGAAAAUAUCAUGGGCAGAGGCAUUUCAGAGGUGGAUUCCCUCGUUAUCGAAAAAAGAUAUAAAUGUUAUCAUGACCAUGAAGUGUCCUACAAAGGGACUCGUUACUAUUAUUAGCUACGACCUUUUAUCUAAAAUGUCAAAGCAGUUCAAAGAGAUGGGGCCAGGUUUUGUCAUUGCAGACGAGUCACAUUUUUUGAAAAAUUACAAAACUGCAAGAUCGAAAGCAACUGUGCCAUUAAUAAAGAAAGCAAAGAGGGCAUUGUUACUAUCUGGGACUCCAGCUCUCUCCAGGCCCAUCGAACUAUACACUCAAAUAGCAUCACUGGACAAACAGUUCACUCUAUCAAUAAUUGACUAUGGGAAGAGAUACUGCUCUGGUGCACAGAAUAAGUUUGGUUGGGACUUUAGUGGCUCCUCCAAUAUGUCAGAGUUGCAACUUUUCAUGGAACAGAAACUGAUGAUAAGGAGACUCAAGAUUGACGUCUUGGAUCAGUUACCAUCCAAGCAAAGACAGACUGUGUUGUUGGAUCCCUCUAUGACUAAAGGGAGGGCCAAAGAAUGGAAGGAACUACAAACUGAAUUAAGCAAAGUCCCAACAUUAGAUAAAAAAACUCGUAAGGCUGCUUUGCUUCCUUUAUUCAGUAAGACUGGGCUUAUGAAGCUACCAGCUGUGAAAGAUUAUAUUAUUGAUCAGCUUCAAGGAGAUAGAAAGUUAUUAGUUUUUGCACAUCACAAGCAAGUGAUGGAUGGUAUCUGUCAAUCACUCAGAGAUAAAAAAUAUCCUUUUGUCCGUAUUGAUGGGAAUACAGCUUCAGAGCUUCGUCAGCAGUAUUGCGACAGGUUUCAACACGACACCAAGUGCCUGGUAGCAGUUUUGUCUAUAACAGCAGCUAAUACUGGUUUAACGCUGACGGCUGCUUCUUGUGUUAUUUUUGCUGAGCUGUUCUGGAACCCUGGGGUGUUGGUUCAGGCGGAGGACAGGGUGUAUCGAAUUGGACAGCACAACUCUGUUAAUAUUUAUUAUCUGGUGGCACAGGACACUGCCGAUGACUAUAUUUGGCCUAUGGUGAGGAGAAAGCUUAAAGUAUUGAAUGAGGCUGGUCUGGCUGGAGAGGAUUUCACUAGUUCAGAAAAUGCAACACAUGUCCAAAAAUUUGCAUCUGAUCCACAAUUAAAACUUGAUGAUUGGUUUAUUGAAGACGAAUUAAAACCGGAGCCAAUGGAAGACAAGUAUUUCAGUUCAACUCCACCCACUGCUGAUGACCACACCCCUUGCCACGCCUCAUCCAGCAGCACUGGUAGUACUAAAUAUAAGGACAGCGAUGAUGAGAUUCAGGAUGUAGGUGGCGAUGAUAAUUCUGAUGAGGAAAAUGAAGAGAAAUGGUUUGAGUCGUUAAACGAGAAUGACCUGUCAGCUUUCUUUGACGAUGAUUUUGAUUAGAAAGUCGGACACAUUAUACAUUAAAAUGAAUCCCUCUAUCUGCAUGUGUAUCUAUUUCUCCAUUUUAUUUCAUUUG